AUGAAGCAGAAAGUAGUAAUGAAGGUGGAGAUGAGCUGCCAGAAGUGCAGAACCAAAGUCCUUAAGAUUGCUGCUUCCUCCGUCGGGGUGGAGGAAGUGAAGUUAGAAGGAGACGAGAAAGACAAAGUGGUGGUGAUUGGAGAAAAUGUUGACAGCAUUCGUCUGGCCAAGUGUUUGAGGAAAAAGGUUGGGCACACACAAAUCUUAACCCUUGAUGAAGUAAAAAAAUCAGAUGAUGAAAAGAAGGAGAAGGAGAAG